AUGCCUUGGAUCACUCAAAUGCAUCGACGUUCUCGAGGUGUCGAACUAGGUACCUUUGGGCCACGAGUUCUGUCCAGUGCCUUCCAAGAACAGCCUAUCUACUGGCAGCAGAUGGCAACAGAGUACUUGAGUAAAAUCAUUUUGUCUGUCCACAAGUUCAUACUUGGAGCCCUUGGGAAAGUCUGUCAUGAUGCUCGUAUUCUCGAUGGGCUCAUAUCUGGCUUGAUGGGUGAUCUCCUUGCGAGGUAUAAGGAUGCCAUGAACCGAGCUAUUCACUUGGUUCAUAUCGAGAGACACAAAAAGCCCUAUACGCUUUCCCACUACUUCAAUGAGAACUUACAGAAAGCACGGAACGAUCGCAUUAAUAAAGCACUGAAGAAAAAGGCGUGGAAUGACCAGAAUACUGGGCAGCAAGUUGUUAAGCUUGACGAUUUUUCAUCAGUGGUAAACAGCCAUAGCAAUACCCAGCAUACAGCAGAAGAGAUACACGAUAUUCUCCGGGCCUACUAUAAAGUGGCACGCAAGCGGUUCGUCGAUAACAUCUACCACCAGGCCGUUAAUCACUGCUUGCUUUCAGGCCCAUCAAGUCCCUUGAUUCUAUUUUGUGAACAGUGGGUGCUGGACCUGAGUGAUGAGAAGCUACAAUUGAUCGCGCGUGAGUCACGCGCGACUCAAGGAAGGCGUCAAAUCUUGCAGACCGCGCUGCAGGACUUGGCAGAAGCUAUAGAGAUUUUAGGAUAA